GUGACAGAGGCUGGCACGAACUGCUCUGAACAAAACAUGGCGUUGUUGUACGCUUUCUUAGGAAUAAUGUUGAUGUCUUCUUGUCUUGGCUCUGAUACCUUGGCAGGAGGAAUAGAGGAGAGAAAACACGAUGAUCCUGAUGUACUUGAUGCGCUGGAUUUUGCGAUGAACGAGUUUAAUGCAAUGCAAAACAACAUGUACCGCUUGAUGCCGACUAAAGUUAGCGACGCAACGGUGCAGGUUGUUGCUGGGCAAAAGUUCUGCAUUGUUACUGAGGUUGGCAUUUCCAGAAGCUGUCGUAAUGAUGAAUCUCACAAAUCUGCUUCCUUGGAGCUCUGCCCUGUUGACUCGCUGGAGAUGCAAUGCAAGUUUGUGGUUUAUAGUGUUCCAUGGGAGAAGAGAAAAGACCUUGUGAGCCAUGAAUGUGUGGGUCUGGAUGAAAAGAUCAUGUCUUGUGAGCGCAGCAAUCCUGUUGAAGCUAAAUCAGAACCAGAUCAAAAUAACAUGGUGAAGGAAAUACUCAUAGAGGCUGUCAAGCCAAAGUCUUCCAGUGGUGAUAACAGUUUAGAUGAGGCAUUCCACCAGUUUGUGGUUAAGCACAAGAAGCAUUACAUAACAGACAAAAAUGAGUACAAGAAACGAUUUGAAAUUUACAAAGAAAACUUGGUGUUGGCACGCAAAAUGCAGGACAUGGAACAAGGCUCUGCCAAAUAUGGAGAGACAGUGUUUAGUGAUCUCACAGUGGAGGAAUUCAAGAAAUAUUACAGAAUGCCUGGAUGGGGAAAACCUUUGUACGAAAUGAAAGAAGCUGAAAUACCGAAGGGAGAGAUUCCAUCAGCAUUUGAUUGGAGAGACAAAGGUGCUGUAACUCCUGUCAAGAAUCAAGGUCAGUGUGGUUCCUGCUGGGCUUUCUCCACAACUGGAAAUAUCGAGGGACAAUGGAAAAUCAAGAAAGGCCAGCUGGUCUCUCUUAGUGAACAAGAGCUUGUUGACUGUGAUACUGUUGACCAGGGCUGCAAUGGUGGACUGCCAGCCAAUGCUUAUAAACAAAUCAUGAAACUUGGUGGGCUUGAGACAGAGCAGGAGUAUCCUUAUGAUGCAGUGGGUGAGAAAUGCAAGUUUGAGGAGUCAGAAGCUGUAGUGUACAUCAAUGACUCUGUGUCCAUAUCCAAAGAUGAAACUAAAAUGGCAGCUUGGCUCGUUGCUAAUGGACCUAUCUCUAUUGGUAUCAAUGCCAACAUGAUGCAGUUUUACAUGGGAGGUGUUGCUCACCCAUGGAAGAUGUUUUGUGAUCCUUCCUCCUUGGACCAUGGUGUUCUGAUUGUUGGCUACGGUGUCAAGAAAUCUUGGCUGUUUGGCGAGGAGCCAUACUGGAUUAUCAAGAACAGUUGGGGAGAAAGUUGGGGAGAGCAAGGAUACUACUUGAUCUAUCGUGGUGAUGGAAGCUGUGGUUUGAAUACCAUGUGCACCUCGGCUGUUGUAGACUGAGAGACUGACAGGAAUCUGAUCCAGUUGUUGGGGACUUCACAGUUCAAUUUUACGCCAUUUUAGUCGGAUUUUUAUAUAACCAGUACUUAGUACAGCAUGUUUUUAUGUAUCUCAUAGUUUUCGUUUUAAUUCUAAAAUAACACUGAAAGUAGAAACAAGGAUAGGUUGCUUUCUUGUUGCAAUUGUUUAUUCGGAAUUUGAUAUCAUAAAGUGAUUUGUUCCUUUUUUGAUAAUCUUGUACAUGUGUAUUUGCACUGUAUCAAUAAGUAAGAAUUUUUAUGACUGGUUUCUAAAAAAGAAGAAAAACCUUUGGCAUAAACAAUAACAUAUAAGAAGAGAUUCAGAACACUUGUUGAUAUUAAGACAAAUGAUAAGGAAUUUUCCCCUAACCUACCCGAACAGUUUCUUUAGAAUCAUAGAAUCAGUAGCAUUUUUUUAAUCUACUACAGGUGUGCUCAAGGUCUAUCCCUUUAUGUUGAAAUUUUUUUCAGGGAAAUGUCAAGCUUUUGUAAUAAGGUUAACAGAAUUUGCAGCACUUUAUAUGAUAUUAAAGCACGGGGUUUUGUAAAGCAAAA